AUGUCGAAGACAAUCAUCGUAACCGGUGCCUCCCGAGGCAUCGGCCUCUGCAUCACCGAAUACCUCCUCACAACCCCGCAACCAAACAACGUCGUAGUCGUCGCCAGAACCCUCGCCCCGCUCCAAGCCCUGAAAGAAAAAUACCCAAAGCAAGUCGAAGUGGUCAAUGGAGACCUGGCGGACUUUGGUCUUGCUCAAAAGGCCGUCGACGCUGCUGUAUCUACUUUCGGCCGUUUGGAUGGAAUGGUCUUGAACCAUGGUGUUCUUGGUCAAGUUGGUAAAAUUGAUGUCGCCAGUACGGAUGAGUGGAAGGCUGGCUUUGAUGUCAAUUUUAUUAGUUUGGUUGCUUUUACAAAAGCAGCCCUCCCCCACCUCCGCACCACGCACGGAAAAAUAAUCUUCACCUCCUCCGGCGCCGCCGUAACCGGAUACAGAGGCUGGGCUCUCUACGGCGCAACAAAGGCAGCAAUGAACCAUUUCGCAAUGAGUCUCGCGGCUGAAGAACCCGAUGUGGUUUCCGUCUCUAUUCGGCCCGGAAUGGUCGAUACCAAUAUGCAGCGUGAACUUCGCGAGGAUCAUGCGACUAGUCUUGAUGCGGAGAUGCAUGCUAAGUUUACGGGUGUGCAUAAGGAGGGCAAGUUACUGAGGGUUGAACAGCCUGGUCAUGUUAUGGGGAAACUUGUGCUUGGUGCGGAGGCGGGAUUGAGUGGAAAGUUUCUUUCGUGGAAUGAUCAGGAGUUGGGGGCGUUCCAGGAAUGA